CGAGAGUCUAAGGGAGAAAGAAGACUGGGUCAAAGAAAGACACGAAUCCACAAACACAAACACGCAUUCUGCUCGCUGUACUCUACUCUCUCGAGUCUACAAUUCUCUUACACAUGCAUCCAUACGCGCUCUUACUCACACAUUCCUCGUUCAUUCAGAUACAAGGCUGAUCAUGCCAACGUCCUCUGUAUCCUGGGGAAGACAUCUUUUGAUGCCAUUGACAUUACUGACACUAACAAAAUCCCCCACUCAAACCCAUGUUUCCAGGUACUGAGUUCGCACCAUCCCGCACCAACCUCUCCCUAGCCUGCGUGCUGCCUGCGCACGACCGUUAGGCCUUCGCCGCAUCGUUGGGUGCUCAGCCCGUCUUAGGAUCAUGGGCACUCCCAUUCAUGAUGCUUCCCAUCCAUACAACCACCCGAGUCGCCCUGCAGCAACAUCCUCCAACCCUAGGUCUAGUGUACCUGACACUGACACGUCCACCCCUGGCUGGCCUUUACAUGCGUCCGUUUCCAGCGCAUCCAAUAGGCCAAUUCGCUCCGACACGUCGCCACAGGAUGCGGAAUGGCCUCUAUCGACCACGAACGUCACAACCUCAACCUCUCCACGAGAAUCCCAAACAAGUCUCAACACAAGGGCCCCGACGAUCAGUAGCCUGACCUCCACUGCCUUGAGUAUACCUCAGAUCCGUGUCAAUCAAUCCUUCCAGCCAGACAGUGAUAGCAAGACAUGGUUCAAUCCGACCCUCGAACGAUCAUCCUCAAGUACAUCAGUUCCCCGCAGACAAUUUCAAGAAAAGGAUAAACACGUCGAUGGUCUUUCUUCCCAUCCCCAAGACUUCUCGUUGAACAUUGACAUCCCUCUCGGAGGCUUUGCCGAAGACUUGUCUGACAACACCUUUGAGUUCUCUAAUCGGGGGAGCAUGCUGAUCGAUGGGAAAAGACUCAACAACACCGUCAGGGCUUCGACUACGCUUACGCCCAUCAUGGAUGAUGAAACGAAAGUGGCCAUCGAGGCCACAGCCCAGCAAUCCCAACACCCUCCACCAGACACUCCCUACCAACAACCUCAGGAUCAUCCACUGAACACUCCCUACCAGCAUCCGCAAGACCCUCCGCCAGCCACUUCCUCCGCCGCUCCAUCUCGCCCUGUCACCACUUCCUCCAGUCAUGAAAAGCCUGUCGCCAGACCAUUGACCACAGAAGAGGAGAUUCUUUCCGAAAGAGUUCGUGCCUUUUACACUGCCGGCACCGAUGAACCACACCCAACCUCUUCCAACACCAAUCUAGCCGCUCAGAUGGGUGGCCGGUGGCAAGCCACACUCACCACCGACCUUCACGGCGGAAGCAUUCCCUCUCUGUCCCGCGCGACAUCUACCACCGACAUGAAUGAGGACAACGUCAGCUCACGGAAACCAAGUGUCGCUCCGUCUGGCUCGGGUCCGCUUUCACUGCCGCACGAUCGGGAAGAGCUCGAACUCGCUGGAGGCUUGGAGGAUUGGAAAGACGUGGAUAACGCCGACGUCGAUCGCUACGGCUUCAUCUUAGCCAGAGCCCCCACAACCUCUACCGCCCCCCAAACCGCCGAUGCCUCCAAAGCCCAGAAGCUCACCCGCGUCUCCACCAGUCUACAAUUGGCCUCAGAAACACCAAGGAGGAAGAACACUCUCCGUCGCGCUCCAAGCAGCGCCCAUGGCUCCAUCAAAUCCAACUUCAGCAGGCACAGCACCAGCAACCCCGACCAAACUCCCACACGUCCAACCAGUUCUCAAAGUGCGUAUGCUCGAAGCUCCCUAGGAAGACGGAGUACGUCCUCCAGAGUGCCUCUCCCAGGGUCCAAGACUCGUCGAUUGAUGGAGACUGCCGGAAAUAUGUUGACUCUCCCCAACACCGCGCAUUCAGUCAUAGAGAAUGGUCAUAUCCAUGUCGAUGAUGCGCGAGCCAAACGAAAGGAGAUUGAGCGAGAGGAGAAAUGGCGGAGAAUGGCACGUCCGCUUCCCAAAAAGAUCGAUCCAAAGACAGGUCUUCCCAUCGUUGGCGGAGGGAGUAGCACUACGAGCGCUUUUACCUUCGACACCACAUCGCCAAAGGUCGUGGAACGCACCUGGAAAGGCAUCCCAGACAAGUGGAGAGCAACAGCGUGGCACAGCUUUCUGUCCAGCUCAGCUUCGAAACAUAAAGACUCACUUCCAGACGAUGUCCUCAUUGAAUCGUUCCAUCAACUCCAAUCCCAACCCUCUCCAGAUGAUGUCCAGAUCGACAUCGACGUCCCUCGCACCAUCAGCUCUCACAUCAUGUUCCGCCGUCGAUACCGCGGUGGUCAGCGUCUCCUGUUUCGGGUCCUACAUGCCAUGUCUCUCCAUUUCAGCGAAACUGGUUAUGUCCAGGGAAUGGCCGCCCUCGCCGUCACCCUGCUGGCAUACUACGACGAGGAGUUGACAUUUGUCAUGUUGGUCCGAAUGUGGCAGUUGAGAGGUCUGGAAGAGUUGUACAGGGCUGGUUUUGGUGGGCUGAUGAGUGCUUUGAACGACUUUGAAACAUUAUGGUUGGGCAAGGGAGAAGUGGGAAAGAAAUUGGACGAUCUCAACAUCACGCCGACUGCUUAUGGCACUCGCUGGUACCUGACUCUGUUCAACUACACCAUGCCCUUUCCUGCCCAACUCCGCGUCUGGGACGUGUUCAUGCUCCUGGGUGACGACACCUCACGACUACCAACUCCUAAUCCGUCGUCACUGCGUCCUUCGAAGGCCUCAGACAACAACGAUGGCCUCUAUGAUUUUGGCACGACUCUUGAUGUGCUACAUGCAACGUCCGCCGCUCUUAUCGAUGGCAUGCGUGAUAUACUACUGGCCUCCGACUUUGAAAACGCAAUGAAGGUCUUGACCUCAUGGGUUCCGAUCCAGGAUCCCGACCUCUUGAUGAGAAUAGCCCGCGCCGAAUGGAAAAUGCAUCUAAAGAAACAGGGGACAUCGCGAUGAUUAUCGCGACAAUCAUCACGACUCACCGGAAUACCACCAUUCCGGCAUGCACAUGAAACGGCAUGAUAAAAGAGAAAACUCACGCAAAAGGCCCCAUCCUGAAAUCGCAUCCAAAGCCCUAAUACAUGCUCAACAAAGACCCAUCCUUUUGCUUUGGACCAGCAUCCCACAGGGGCCUCUCCAUGCCACUCAUGGUAUGACAAAACAUUCAUGUUCACUCAGAUAUAAUUUCUCAUAAUGGCGCUAUAUACCCACUGAUCAUGGAUCAGAUGACCGCGAUAACUAAUUACCCUAAUACAUUAUUGUAAUCGACGA